AUGCCUCCCAAGCCCAAGUCCACCGGCGGAAAGUCCAAGGCUGGCGCACCUGCGGCCGCGCAAGCUGCCGCAAAUGCUAGUGCGAACGCGCCGUCGAACAAGGCGAUUCACACCCGUAGUCAAAGGGCCGGUCUCCAAUUCCCCGUCGGUCGUAUCCAUCGGUACCUGAAGCAGCGGACGCAGCACAACAUGCGCAUUGGCGCCAAGGCCGCCGUGUACACAAGCGCCAUCCUCGAGUAUCUCGUCGCCGAGGUGCUCGAGCUCGCUGGCAACGCCUCAAAAGAUCUCCGCGUGAAGCGCAUAACGCCACGGCAUCUCCAGCUUGCCAUUCGCGGCGACGAGGAGCUCGACAUUCUAGUGCGCGCUACGAUCGCCGGCGGUGGUGUCCUUCCCUUCAUCCACAAGAGCCUCACGGGCGGCAACAAGAAACAGAAGCCCGAGGGCCAGUAA